AUGUUGGUCGACGGGUUUACAGCAUUCAUCCCAUUUGCUAUGAUCUUUGGUGGAUGUUGUAGUAAUGUAAUAUCAUUAGAAUUAAUUAUAAAUAGUGGUAGUAGACACUAUACUAUACUAUUGAAACUAAUCAUUAAUAUCAAUCUUUUACACACUUUAAGACAAGAUACAAAACAAUCAAAUUUAAUUACAUUUGCACAGUUUGCUUUUGUAGCAUUCAUAAGUCUAUUCUUUAAUCUUAGAUGGAAAAAGAUUGUACCUUUGCUUUAUGUACCUAUUGGAUUGCAACCUAGAAAGAUUCCACUCUCCAGCUAUGCAUUGAUGGUAUUCAUCUUCUUUUUGGUAUCGAUCCUAAAUAAUUGGGCAUUGUCAUUUAACAUUGGAUUGCCAUUCCAUAUGGUGUUUAGAUCUAGUUCACUCAUCUCUACCGUUGUGAUUGGAUCUAUAUUCUUUAAGAAACAAUAUACAAUGAAACAGGUAGUAUCAUUGUUAAUGGUUACCCUUGGUAUUACUAUUGCAACUUUAAACUCUGUUCCUGAAAGUAAAAAACAAAACAUGUCUCUUUUGGAACAACAGGAAUCAUUUUUCAACUUUUUGAUUGGUAUUACCAUGUUGACAGUGGCAAUGUUUAUGUCAUCUGUAUUGGGUCUUAUUCAAGAACAUACCUAUAGAUUAUAUGGUAAACAAUGUCAUAAAGAAACUAUAUUCUAUUCGCAUAUUUUGGCAUUACCAUUCUUUAUGAUAUUUUAUAGUGAACUUCAAGACAAUAUAUUGGCAAAUAAUCAUUCAAUUCCAAUGGAUUUCCCAUUACUUGGAAUAUCAGUACCAUCAAUGUGGAUUUAUUUAUUAAUUAAUGUUGUAACACAAUAUAUUUGUAUUCAAGGUGUAUUUAUAUUAACAGGUAAAACUAGUACACUUACAUGUACAUUGGUAAUUAGUAUUCGAAAGUUUAUUAGUAUUAUCUUUUCAGUCAUUUAUUUCAACAAUCCAUUUACAUCGACUUUAUGGACAUGUACUGCACUCGUAUUACUUGGUACAUUUAUUUAUUCAGAUCCAUUCAAAAAGAAAGAACCUCCAGCAAAAGAAAAGGCUCAAUAA